GUUGUCACCGUUGUCAUCGUUGUCACCGUUGUCACUGUUGUCACCGUUGUCACCGUUGUCACUGUUGUCACCGUUGUCACCGUUGUCAUCGUUGUCACCGUUGUCACCGUUGUCAUCGUUGUCACCGUUGUCACCGUUGUCAUCGUUGUCAUCGUUGUCACUGUUGUCACUGUUGUCACCGUUGUCAUCGUUGUCACCGUUGUCACUGUUGUCACCGUUGUCAUUGUUGUCACCGUUGUCACUGUUGUCACCGUUGUCAUUGUUGUCACCGUUGUCACCGUUGUCAUCGUUGUCACCGUUGUCAUCGUUGUCACCGUUGUCAUCGUUGUCACUGUUGUCACCGUUGUCACUGUUGUCACCGUUGUCACUGUUGUCACCGUUGUCACCAUUGUCACUGUUGUCACCGUUGUCACCGUUGUCACUGUUGUCACCGUUGUCACCGUUGUCACUGUUGUCACUGUUGUCACCGUUGUCACCGUUGUCACUGUUGUCACCGUUGUCAUCGUUGUCACUGUUGUCACCGUUGUCAUCACCGUUGUCACUGUUGUCAUCGUUGUCACCGUUGUCACCGUUGUCAUCGUUGUCACUGUUGUCACCGUUGUCACAGUUGUCACCGUUGUCAUCGUUGUCACAGUUGUCACGGUUGUCACCAUCGUUGUCACCGUUGUCACCGUUGUCACUGUUGUCACCGUUGUCAUCGUUGUCACUGUUGUCACCGUUGUUACUGUUGUCACGGUUGUCAUCGUUGUCACCGUUGUCACCGUUGUCAUUGUUGUCACUGUUGUCACCGUUGUCACCGUUGUCACCGUUGUCAUCGUUGUCACUGUUGUCACCGUUGUCACAGUUGUCACGGUUGUCACCGUUGUCACCGUUGUCACCGUUGUCACCGUUGUCACUGUUGUCACCGUUGUCACUGUUGUCACCGUUGUCAUCGUUGUCACUGUUGUCACCGUUGUCACUGUUGUCACCGUUGUCAUCGUUGUCACUGUUGUCACCGUUGUCACCGUUGUCACCGUUGUCACCGUUGUCAUCGUUGUCACUGUUGUCACCGUUGUCACUGUUGUCACCGUUGUCAUCGUUGUCACUGUUGUCACCGUUGUCAUCGUUGUCACUGUUGUCACCGUUGUCACUGUUGUCACCGUUGUCACCGUUGUCACCGUUGUCAUCGUUGUCACCGUUGUCAUCGUUGUCACUGUUGUCACUGUUGUCACCAUUGUCACAGUUGUCAGAGUUUUCACGGUUGUCACCGUUGCCACUGUUGUUAACGUUGUCACCGUUGUCAUGUUGUCACCGUUGUCAUCGUUGUCACCAUUGUCAUCGUUGUCACUCUUGUUACUCUUGUCACCGUUGUCACAGUUGUCACCGUUGUCACCGUUGUCAUCGUUGUCACCGUUGUCACAGUUGUCAUCGUUUUCACCGUUGUCACCGUUGUCACUGUUGUCACCGUUGUCGCUGUUGUCACCGUUGUCACCGUUGUCACCGUUGUCAUCGUUGUCACCGUUGUCACCGUUGUCACCGUUGUCACCGUUGUCACCGUUGUCACUGUUGUCAUCGUUGUCACCGUUGUCACUGUUGUCACCGUUGUCACUGUUGUCACCGUUGUCAUUGUUGUCACCAUUGUUGUCACUGUUGUCUUUUUGUUGUCAUUGUUGUUGUCCGUUGUCACCGUUGUCACCGUUGUCACGUUGUCACCGUUGUCACCGUUGUCAUCGUUGUCACUGUUGUCACCGUUGUCACCGUUGUCGUUGUUGUCAUCGUUGUCACCGUUGUUACCGUUGUCACUGUUGUCACCGUUGUCACCGUUGUCACUGUUGUCACCGUUGUCAUCGUUGUCACGUUGUCACCGUUGUCACCGUUGUCACCGUUGACACCGUUUUCACUGUUGUCACAGUUGUCACCGUUGUCACCGUUGUCACGUUAUCACCGUUGUCACCGUUGUCACCGUUGUCAUUGUCACCGUUGUCACCGUUGUCAUCGUUGUCACCGUUGUCACUGUUGUCACCGUUGUCACUGUUGUCACCGUUGUCAAACUUGUCACGGUUGUCAUCGUUGUCACCGUUGUCAUCGUUGUCAGUGUUGUCACCGUUGUCACAGUUGUCACGGUUGUCACGUUUGUCACCAUUGUCAUCGUUGUCACCGUUGUCACCGUUGUCACUGUUGUCACUGUUGUCACCGUUGUCACUGUUGUCACUGUUGUCACCGUUGUCACCGUUAUCACCGUUGUCAUCGUUGUCACCGUUGUCACCGUUGUCACCGUUGUCACGGUUGUCACCUUUGUCACCGUUGUCAUCGUUGUCACUGUUGUCAUCGUUGUCAUCGUUGUCGCCUUUGUCACCGUUGUCAUCGUUGUCACUGUUGUCACCGUUGUCACAGUUGUCACCGUUUUGUCACGUUGUCAUCGUUGUCACGUUGUCACCGUUGUCACCGUUGUCAUCGUUGUCACCGUUGUCACCGUUGUCGUUGUCGUUGUCCGUUGUCACCGUUGUCAUUGUUGUCACUGUUGUCACCGUUGUCAUCGUUGUCACCGUUGUCACCGUUGUCAUCGUUGUCACCGUUGUCACCGUUGUCGUCGUUGUCAUUGUUGUUGUCACUGUUGUCACCGUUGUCACUGUUGUCACCGUUGUCAUCGUUGUCACUGUUGUCACCGUUGUCACAGUUGUCACGGUUGUCAUUGUUGUCACCGUUGUCACCGUUGUCAUUGUUGUCACUGUUGUCACCGUUGUCACAUCGUUGUCACCGUUGUCAUCGUUGUCACUGUUGUCACCGUUGUCACAGUUGUCACGGUUGUCACUUUUGUCACCAUUGUCAUCGUUGUCACUGUUGUCACUGUUGUCACCGUUGUCAUCGUUGUCACUGUUGUAACCGUUGUCACAGUUGUCACGGUUGUAACCGUUGUCAACGUUGUCACUUUUGUUACCGUUGUCACCGUUGUCGUCGUUGUCACCUUUGUCACUGUUGUCAUCGUUGUGAUCGUGGUCACCGUUGUCACUGUUGUCACCCUUGUUGCAGUAGUCACCGUUGUGAUUGUUGUCACUUUUGUCACCAUUGUCACAGUAGUCACUUUUGUCACGUUUGUCACCCUUGUCAUCGUUGUCACUGUUGUCACCGUUGUCACAGUUGUCACGGUUGUCACGGUUGUCAUAGUUGUCACCGUUGUCACUGUUGUCAUUGUUGUCACUAUUGUCACCGUUGUCACCGUUGUCACAGUUUUCACCGUUGUGAUGGUUAUCACCGUUGUCAUCGUUGUCAGUGUUGUCACCGUUGUCACAGUUGUCACGUUUGUCACCAUUGUCAUCGUUGUCACUGUUGUCACCGUUGUCACUGUUGUCACCGUUGUCAUUGUUGUCACUGUUGUCACCGUUGUCACAGUUGUCACUGUUGUCACCGUUGUCACCGUUGUCACCGUUGUCAUCGUUGUCACUGUUGUCACCGUUGUCACAGUUGUAACGGUUGUCACUUUUGUCACCAUUGUCAUCGUUGUCACUGUUGUCACCGUUGUCACCGUUCUCAUCGUUGUCACUGUUAUAAACGUUGUCACAGUUGUCACGGUUGUCGGGGUUGUCACCGUUGUCACCGUUGUCAUUAUUUUCACCAUUGUCAUUGUUGUCACAGUUGUCAGAGUUUUCACGGUUGUCACCGUUGUCACUGUUGUUAACAUUGUCACUGUUGUCAUCGUUGUCAUCGUUGUCAUCAUUGUCAUCGUUGUCACUCUUGUCACCGUUGUCACAGUUGUGACGGUUGUCACCGUUGUCAUCGUUGUCACAUUUGUCACCGUUGUCAUUGUUGUCAUCGUUGUCACCGUUGUCACCGUUGUCACUGUUGUCACCCUUGUCACAGUUGUCACCUUUGUGAUUGUUGUCACUGUUGUCACCGUUGUCACAGUUGUCACGGUUGUCACGUUUGUCACCGCUGUCAUCGUUGUCACUGUUGUCAACGUUGUCACAGUUGUCACGGUUGCCAGCAUUGUCAUCGUUUUCACUGUUGUCACCGUUGUCAGCGUUGUCAUUGUUGUCACCAUUGUCAGCGUUGUCAUUGUGUUCACAGUUGUCACUGUUGUCACAGUUUUCACCGUUGUCAUCGUUAUCACCGUUGUCAUCGUUGUCACUGUUGUCACCGUUGUCACAGUUGUCACGGUUGUCACUUUUGUCACCAUUGUCAUCGUUGUCACUGUUGUCACCGUUGUCAUCGUUGUCACUUUUGUCACCGUUGUCAUCGUUGUCACUGUUAUAACCGUUGUCACAGUUGUCACGGUUGUAACCGUUGUCAACGUUGUCACUUUUGUUAGCGUUGUCACCGUUGUCGUCGUUGUCACCUUUGUCACUGUUGUCAUCGUUGUGAUCGUGGUCACCGUUGUCACUGUUGUCACCCUUGUUGUAGUAGUCACCGUUGUGAUUGUUGUCACCAUUGUCACAGUAGUCACUUUUGUCACGUUUGUCACCCUUGUCAUCGUUUUCACUGUUGUCACCGUUGUCACAGUUGUCACGGUUGUCACGGUUGUCAUAGUUGUCACAGUUGUCACCGUUGUCAACGUUGUCACCGUUGUCAUCGUUGUCACCGUUGUCACCGUUGUCACCGUUGUCAUCGUUGUCAUCGUGGUCACCGUUGUCACUGUUGUCACCGUUGUUGCAGUUGUCACCGUUGUGAUUGUUGUCACUGCUGUCACCAUUGUCACAGUUGUCACGGUUGUCACGUUUGUCACCGUUGUCAUCGUUGUCACUGUUGUCACCGUUGUCACGGUUGUCACGGUUGUCACGGUUGUCAUAGUUGUCACCGUUGUCACUGUUGUCAUUGUUGUCACUAUUGUGACUAUUGUCACGGUUGUCACAGUUGUCACCGGUGUCAUCGUUGUCACCGUUGUCAUCGUUGUCACUGUUGUCACCGUUGUCACGGUUGUCACGUUUGUCACCAUUGUCAUCGUUUUCACCGUUGUCACUGUUGUCACCGUUGUCACGUUGUCACUGUUGUCACCGUUGUCACGGUUGUCACGGUUGUCACCGUUGUCACAGUUGUCACCGUUGUCAUCGUUAUCACCGUUGUCAUCGUUGUCAGUGUUGUCACCGUUGUCACAGUUGUCACGCACUUUUGUCACCAUUGUCAUCGUUGUCACUUUUGUCACGGUUGUCACCGUUGUCAUCGUUGUCACUGUUGUCACCGUUGUCACAGUUGUCACAGUUGUCACGGUUGUCAUCGUUGUCACCGUUGUCACCGUUGUCAUUGUUGUCACUGUUGUCACUGUUGUCACAGUUGUCACCGUUGUCAUCGUUGUCACUGUUGUCACCGUUGUCACAGUUGUAACGGUUGUCACGGUUGUCACCGUUGUCACAGUUGUCACCGUUGUCAUCGUUAUCACCGUUGUCAUCGUUGUCACUGUUGUCACCGUUGUCACAGUUGUCACGGUUGUCACCUUUGUCACCGUUGUCACCGUUGUCUGUCACUGUUGUCAUUGUUGUCACCGUUGUCAUCGUUGUCACUUUUGUCACCGUUGUCAUCGUUGUCACUGUUAUAACCGUUGUCACAGUUGUCACGGUUGUAACCGUUGUCAACGUUGUCACUUUUGUUACCGUUGUCACCGUUGUCGUCGUUGUCACCUUUGUCACUGUUGUCAUCGUUGUGAUCGUGGUCACCGUUGUCAUAGUUGUCACCGUUGUCACUGUUGUCAUUGUUGUCACUAUUGUGACUAUUGUCACGGUUGUCACAGUUGUCACCGGUGUCAUCGUUAUCACCGUUGUCAUCGUUGUCAGUGUUGUCACCGGUGUCAUCGUUAUCACCGUUGUCACCGUUGUCAGUGUUGUCACCGUUGUCACUUGUCACUUUUGUUACCGUUGUCACUGUUGUCGUCGUUGUCACCUUUGUCACUGUUGUCAUCGUUGUGAUCGUGGUCACCGUUGUCACUGUUGUCACCCUUGUUGUAGUAGUCACCGUUGUGAUUGUUGUCACCAUUGUCACAGUAGUCACUUUUGUCACCGUUGUCACCGUUGUCACCGUUGUCACCGUUGUCACCGUUGUCACCGUUGUCACCGUUGUCACCGUUGUCACCGUUGUCACUGUUGUCACUGUUGUCACUGUUGUCACUGUUGUCACUGUUGUCACUGUUGUCACUGUUGUCACCGUUGUCACCGUUGUCACUGUUGUCACCGUUGUCACUGUUGUCACCGUUGUCAUCGUUGUCACCUUUGUCAUCGUUGUCACCGUUGUCACUGUUGUCACCGUUGUCACAGUUGUCACUGUUGUCACCGUUGUCACUGUUGUCACCGUUGUCACCGUUGUCACCGUUGUCACCGUUGUCACCGUUGUCAUCGUUGUCACCUUUGUCAUCGUUGUCAUCGUUGUCACCGUUGUCACCGUUGUCACUGUUGUCACCCUUGUCGCAGUUGUCACUGUUGUGAUUGUUGUCACUGUUGUCACCGUUGUCACAGUUGUCACGGUUGUCACGUUUGUCACCGUUGUCAUCGUUGUCACUGUUGUCACCGUUGUCACCGUUGUCACUGUUGUCAUCGUUGUCACCGUUGUCAUUGUUGUCACCGUUGUCACCGUUGUCACCGUUGUAAUCGUUGUCACUGUUGUCACCGUUGUCACAGUUGUCACCGUUGUCAUUGUUGUCACCGUUGUCACUGUUGUCACCGUUGUCACGUUUGUCAACGUUGUCAUCGUUGUCACUGUUGUCACCGAUGUCACAGUUGUCACGGUUGUC